AUGGGCUGGGGCUGGGACCUGAAAGCCUGGAAACAGCAGCGAGACCCUUCCCCUCCUGGCACCAGCGCAGGGUCAAAUGGGGAGGUCGAGUUCACAAGCGCCACCACCGUGACAGAGAAAGGCUCCAGGGUCGAGAGAGUUGCUGACGAGGAAGACGUCCCUGCUGUUCGGCCUCACACCGACGCCGUGGACGACCGCAAAGUCGCUCUUCUGGACACCUUCACCCCCGAAGAGCAGAAGAGGAUCAUACGCAAGAUCGACUAUCGGAUCUUGAUCGAUUCGAACAAUGCCGCCAGUGUCAAGGUUCUAGCGGUCGGGAAGCCCACCAAUAUUCUCAAGCAGCUACAUAUGACGCCCGACGACUACAACUGGGUGCAAUCAGUCUACUAUAUCUCGUAUGUCAUCUUUGAGCUGCCCAGCAACCUGUUCCUGAAAUGGAUGACUCCCCGGACUUUCCAGACCAGGAUCUGCGUUCUUUGGGGUCUCGUCAUGGCAUGCCAUGCCGCGGUCAAGAACAAAGAAGGUCUCUAUGCUGCCAGAUUCUUUCUCGGCCUCGCAGAGGCAGGUCUCUACCCAAGUAUCAUCACCCACCUGUGCAACUGGUACCGCAGUGACGAGAUGGCCAAGCCUAUCAUGUGGCUAUACGCUAUUGGCAAUCUCGCUGGCAUCCUUGGAUCUCUACUUGCCUAUGGGAUUUCGUAUCUCGACGGGAAGCACGGUCUGAGUUCCUGGCAGUGGGUUUUCUUAAUUGAAGGAGUAUUGACCAUCGGCUUCGGCCUUCUUGUCUACUUUAUCUAUCCUGACUACCCAAAGUCGCCACGCACGGCGAAAUGGCUCACCCCACGGGAACAAGAGUUCAUGGACCUGCGACUGACGGAAAAUGCGCCGAGGACCCAUGAUGCCUCCUUCUCCUGGAAAGAGGUCGUCGACAAUUUCACCGACAUCAAGCUUUGGACUUUCUUGUUCGCCCAGAUCUGUAUGACCACCGGGGCUUAUGGGCUGAAUUGGAUCUUGCCGACCGUCACCACCGAGCUGGGAUUUGCCGGACUUCCCCGGAACCAGCUCCUGAAUAUCGCACCAGCUGCCUGUGCGAUUCUCUUCGUGAUCAUCGCGGCCUACAUCUUGAAUAAGGCGUGGGUGCCCCGGCCCUUCUUGGCCCUGAGUAUCCUCCUCUUCGAGGUUGCCAUGUACGCCAUUCUGAUAGGCACCAAGCGGCCCGGCGCCGUCUAUGCGGGAUGUAUCUUGGGCGUCGGCUCUGCACAAGCGCUCGCCGUCCCAGUUUGGGCGUGGCGAACAUCUUCAUUGAGUGGCACGACCGGCACCGCCUUUGCGUUGGGCUUACAAUCAGGCCUCGCCCAGCUCGGCGGAGUCAUAGGUCCCCAGGCAUUUCGGGCCAAGUACGCUGCGAGCGGAUAUAAAGUGUCCUUUGGCAUCUGUACCGCCAUGGUCGCCGGGUGCUUCCUCUUUAAUUGUUUGAAUUGGUACCUAACUCGGAACCUGGAAUGGGAUGUCCUCCGAGUGAAGCGAGCCCGCAUCAAGGCGGAGAAAGAAGGCCGCUUGUUUACGGAAGAUGAUGUUAAGUUCUUCCACCAGAGGCAGCACUUUUCGAAGACGCUGAGAAUCCAGGACACCAAAGACACCAUACACGUUUGA